AUGGGUUUGAAGGGAAGCUGCAUGUGCAAGGCGAUCAAGUACGAGAGUACUGGUAGGCUGGCCCGAUUGCAACAUCGUGUGAACCACGCUGAUAAGAAGCAGAGGACCCUCAAGUCACCGCCCUGUGCCACUGCACAGAUUGCCAAAAGGUAUGAAAACCCCAAUAUCAGGACUCUCAUCAAGUCCAUACAUGUAGCUAAUGAAUUACAGUGGAGCGGCUCAGCUUUCACUUCCAACGCCGUCGUUCCUCGUACAUCUUUCAAGGUCACCCAAGGUGAGCCCAAAUUCUACGACAUCACUGGCGACUCGGGCAAGAACAACAGGCACUUCUUCUGCUCCAACUGCGGGUCCAGUCUUUAUACCGAGCUGGACUUGAUGGCCGACGUCACGUGCAUCAAGGCCGGUGGUCUCGAUGAGGGAAAGGCGAGCCUGGAAGGGAAGCCCGCCGUUGAGUUCUACUGCAAGGAUCGGGUCUCGUACUUGGUCGAUGUUAAGGGUGCUGAUCAGAAGCCCGCUUUCAGUUAA